AUGAAAUUGAAUCACAAGUUUCGUCUAGUACCUGUAGACGAGGAAACGCUAAAUUUGAAUAAUUUUGAAGACGAAUUGAAGGAUUUACGUGAUAACAAUAAGAUUCCCGAUUAUAAAAAGGCUGAAUUGUACGAAGAUUUGAUUGCACGUCUACGUAAUUAUCGUGAAAGUAUCAAUACUCCUCCUCUUGUCCAAGUUGCUACCCCACCUUCAUUUGUUGUGCCAGAUUACAAACUCCCAAAGAGUUUUAGUGAUUUAUGGUCACGUCUGCCAGAGAUUCGUACCUCAGACAAGGGUGAACUCGUAAUAAACAAUACAGUUACCCCAAACACUAAUAUCAAUCAAUUGUUGGACUACGCUUUGAAUAAAACCAGCCAGAAGCCAAACGGUUACGAAGUCCUUGAUCACUUUUUGAACAGUAAAGGGGUAAACUUGUCACGGAUCCGUGCUCGUUUGCUGAAACCUAAAACGGAGCAAGUCGAAUCAAAAAUUGAGCAAGUGAAAUUGGAGCCUGAGCAGAAGCCCGAGGCAUUACAUCAAGAGCCCAAAAGCCGAAAACGGCAGAAGACUGUAAUUUUUACGCCAACAAAAUCAACGACUGAGUCUGGUCGUAAAAAGAUUGAACAUCAAGAGACCAAGAGUCGCAGACGGAAGAAACCUGUAGUUUUUACACCCACCGAUCAUGAAGAAACGUACCACACGCCAAAAACGUCAAGAAAAACUCAAGGUGGUAGAGGAACCAAACGCUUCUACAUUAGACUCUGGAG